UACUUCCUAUGAGGACGACACGGACCACACGGACGAGACGGACGAGACGGACGAGACGGACCGACAGACCACGAAUCCACGAUUCCCAUUCCUCCCAGAAAGAAGUGCGUGUGAGUGGGUGCGAUCGAGCGACGAGUCGCCAGAAUGCGGAACGAUUGCCCACCGUGUUCAACCUCACCCUAGUCUAGGACCUCGUGGUUUACAUGUGGCCGUCCAGCCUCUUGGCCGUCGACGACGCCACCCGCCCCGGUUAGUGCGGGAUUUCUAGCGAGAGCUUCGCCGAGUGCGGAUCUGGGCUCGGGUGGCCACCUCCACCCCCUGUCCCCCUUUCCGGCAAGUUUUAUUCCUACGUCGGCGGGUUGUGUUGUGGCUAGUACUGAGUCCCACCUCUUUGUUGCCUGCCCGUGAUUCGGUUGACCGUGCGGCGGGUGUCGCGUGUGUGUCUCCCGCCUUGAUCGCGGCCAUUGGGCUCGUCCCCUUCGGCCUUUGGAGGACUCGAGCUGGAUGGAGCGGGGCGCUGCCAACGUGGCCUACAUCUAUGACUUGAACGGAUCCGCCGGCAUCCCCAGUGUUAUGGGACCGGGUGGCAAUGGUCCACCCAGCUCUCUGGGGGCCGGUGGAGGGGGUGGCGUGUCCCUACCGGCCCAUUCUGGUGGAUCCCUGAGCGGAUCUUUGGCCGCCCUCUUACCGCCGCCCCAUGGCGUGGGUGGCUCGUCCGGCUUGGCCGGUUUGGCCGGGUUAGCGGGCUUGCCCGGACUCCCCGGUCCGCCGGAUGACAACUACUGCCUCAAGUGGAACGAUUAUGAGAAGAAAUACGUCGAAACGUUCCGCGAUCUGCGUGAUGACGAGUAUUUUACCGAUGUGACCUUGGCCACCGAAGGCUACUCCGUCAAGGCCCAUCGGGUCAUUUUGAGCGCCUGCAGUAAUUACUUCCAUGCCAUCCUCAAGAAUAUGAGUCCGUGGCAGCAUCCCGUGCUCUUGCUGCAAGAAGUCCAAGCCACGGAUCUGACCUCGCUCAUGGAUUUCAUGUAUUUCGGCCAAGUCAGUGUGAAUCAAGACUCGCUGCAAUCGUUCUUGCGUGUGGCCAAGAAACUCAAGAUCAAGGGCUUGUGUGACAGCAUCGUGCCGCCCUCGCUCCCACCCCAUCUGCCCACCUCCGUGGUCACCAGUGUGCCCAUGUCGCACGCCCCGCCUCCCCCGCCGGUGGUCAUGCCGCCACCCCCGCGACAAAUCACGUCCUCGGCUGGGCCCAAUUUCGAGGGUCUCUUGCCACGCAGUCCUUACAUUCCUGAGCCGUCCGGCCUACCCCUCGGACCGAAUAGCGGGAGUGGCCCCAAUAAUGGAUCGCCCUCUUUACGCCCGCCCCCGGUGGCUCAUCAGCAAUCGCCCCGGCAAGGCGUUCGCUCGGGCACUCGCCCGGCCGCCGAGCCCUUGGUCCAUUAUGCCUCCCCGAAACGGACCAAAUACGCCUUGUCCCCCCAAUCGAUUCUGAGGAGUCAGCUCCAGCUUAAGGAAGGCGAUCACGUGGAGGUGAAGUCUGAACCCAUGGCCAUCCUGACCACUCAAGAAGAUGUGCCCUCCUCCGGUGUCAAUGUGAACGAGUUCAUCACGCCCCAUGAGAAUGACUUGGCCUUACCUUCACUCAACCAUGGGAUCUCGCCUCAAUUCAUGUUCUCGCCGGACCCGCCGGAUAAUGGCAACGGGGCGGGGACGGCGGGCGGUACGCAGGGAACCAUGGUUGCCAUUGACAAGGAGACGGCGGUCCGGCUUCAACAGCAACAGCAACAGCAGCAGCAGCAACACCAACACCAAGAACAACAGCAUCACCAACCUCAACAACACGUUGUCCAGCAGCAGCAACACCAGCAGCAAGCUCACCACCAUGGACCAGGUGGUCAACCGCAGUCUCUGCCUCAACACCAACAGACUCAACCACAGCAUCACCACCAACAGCAGCAGCAUACCCAACAACCGCAGCACAGCCAUCAUGACGGUGCACCUUCGCCCGGCGUGAGUGUGGCCACCAUGGCGGGUAACUCGAGUCACCUCCACUCGACUCACUCGCAUUUGCAUCCUCCACCGCCGGCCUCUCACACCUCGUCGUCCUCAUCCCACUCCCACCAUUUAGAUGAGCCUCAAGACCUCACCCCCGCUCCUCAGGAUUCUCCCAAUACGAGUAGCCUACACCACACUCCAAACUCGUCCAUUAAUAAUGGCCAGCCCUGUGGCAUUGUGAGCUUAGGGAAUACGCCCGUUUCGACCCCCAACUCGGCCAACAAUUCGAUGCCUGCGCCUCACGGUUCUCCCUCCACGCCCACGCCGCCCAAAAAGGAUCGUAACUCGAGGAAGACUUGCGGUUACUGUCACAAAGAUUUCCAUGAGAUGAGCCUGAAACGGCACAUCAAGGACGUCCACUUCCGGAACCAGAACACUUAUGUCAUAUGCCCACAGUGCUGCAAGCAGUACGCUAGUCAGAACUCUUUAUACAGCCAUCUCAACCGGGUGCACGGGGUCAAAAAGGACAUGAUGGGAGACAUCCCACUGCAGAUGACCGGGGGCUCGUCCGCGGGGGGUACUCCCGGGCAGAAUAACUCCUCGUCGUCAUCGGUGCCCAAUAAUCAGAGUGGUUCAUCCGCCACGGGUGGGAACACGCCCAGCACCCCGGGGGACAACCAUCAUGAUGGGAUCAUGGACCUAGCGCAUCAUUCUGAUAGUUCCAACUAGCACGCCAAUAAUGACAUGAUAGAAGACGAAUCAAUUUCCUAGGACUUAUUCAAUUUGAAAAGCAUGUGCUCCGCCCUUGUGAUGACUGAUGCGGUUGAAACCUCUCCCUCAGUACGAUGGAUGUCAUCGAACUCGUGAGUGGCUGAACGAGCUAAAGGACCCGCUCUGGAGGGCGGCAGAAGCCCUUAAUCUCGAGUUCACUUUCAUGGCAAUAACAGUUAGGUCCGUUUUCUGGAUCAUCGCCGCCAUUGUUGUCCUCUUCACCCCCUCCUUUAUUAAAUACAGCUUUUUCGUUUUGCUCUAA